AUGGCCUCGUCAGACCAAGCGUCGGGCUACUCGGUGACACCUACUCAAGGCCGCUUCAAUAUCCGCCAUGCAUCCCGGAAAAGUGAUGACCUCUCCGCCUCUCAACGACCCUUCGUGAAAGAUGGCCGCUCGCUAUCCGGCGGAAGCGCUCAGUAUGGCCAAAAGGCUUUCACCCCGGCCUUCACUCCUGCCAACCCUCCAGGAAGUUUCAGCACGGAUAUGAGAAACACCACGCAGUCGGGGAGGACUACUCCACAGACGGAAGUGGCAGGCGUCACCUUCGCCCGCCUGCCACCGCAAUACAAAGAUGCGGACGCCCUUACUACCUCGGAGCAGCGGCAGGCUGCGGUUCGCGAUAAAAUUGCGAAGGAGAUGAAAAUCAAAUUGGGCACGGAGAACAUGCUCGAAGCGUUGCUGAGCAAGAACAACAAACAAACCAAGGAACAGCGGCAGAAAGUCGAAAUGGAAUUGGGCUCUUCCAACAGAAAACUGGCCGAACUGAAGCAAGAACUUGACCAGGAGAUCAUGCGCUCUCAGACCCCAACCACGCCCCCGAACAACCGGCUCACCAGUUACUUUCGCGGUAGCCCCCUUAAAUCUCCGCCACUGGGACAAAACCAGGGCCCUGAUCUCACCGAGUCGAUUGAUAGUGAGUCACCCACGGUGGUGCUUACAGAGACUCUUCAACAGCUCGAAGCGGACGGGAUGCCUCCGGACUAUUACAUCGAACGAGCAAAUACCCUCGUCGACCUUUUGAAACGCAACCCUGGUCUGAAGUAUGACCUAGCUUGGCAAGUCUUCAGCGAGAGGGUCCAGUUGAUGCUGCUCAGCGACAGCUCUGAUGUUGUGGCGGCAGGCUACAGACUGACUCGACACGCUAUCGCCGAUCGGAAAUCGCUGCAGACCAUCCGGACUCUCCACACGGACGAAUUGGUCAUCCUAUCUCUGGUCAAAAAGGCCAACGCUGUGCUGGAACGUGAGCAAGCCAUUAAGCUUGUACGCGCAUUCUUGGACGUCAAAGACGGCGUUUACGAGAUUUCGCGUGCCGUUGUGCGCAGUCUGGUAGCGGUCGCUGAAACAUAUGAUGACCGACUCAGAGAUAUCUGCUUGGUGACGCUAGCCGAGCUCCUUAUGAAACAUACGGAACUCGUCGUCGCAGCAAACGGCAUGAGCACCCUUACGGAGGCACUUGCUGAUGGCUCUUUUCCCGCUCCUGAAGGCCUCGUUGCGAGCUUUCUUCACAUCCUUGACCAUCCCCAGCAACGGAAAUAUUUACACACCGGCCGAGAGUUUGAGGCAAUGUUUGCCCCAUUCACGGACCCCCUGCUGCUCAGCGGCAACGAGGAGAAAUUGAAGACAUGUGCCCAGGCCAUUGCGGCAAUGCUUAAGACGUGGCCUGGCUUCCUCCUUCUGUCUAUGAAUGGCGCCUCCCCUCUUCGAUCUUUGAUUGAUUCGCUGGUAUACCCCAUAACACAAUCUCGAGAUAUUGUGUUGGAGCUCUUUUUCGACAUUCUACGCAUCAAACCACCUUCCUGGUCCACCUCGUUUCUGGCUGGCAGAAGAUUGACAACUUACGGGAGAGUCAACACGUCGCAGGCGGAGCAACCGUCUCAGAGACAGCUGGCUGAAUACAAUGCAGAGGGGAGGUUUGACCUGACAUAUCACUUCUCGGCGUUCGUACUGGCCUCACUAGUAAAGGCUGGUCUGAUUCCCGCCCUGGUGGAUCUGAUUAAAAUCGAAGAGGAUCUAGCUCUGAGAAGAAAGGCGACUCUUUUGCUGACCGAGGUUCUGAAACUUGCUCACCACUCCCUACCCGAAACCAUUAGUUCAAGCAUUCAGGUACUUGGGGAUCUUGUGCCCAGCGGCCUCGACUAUAGCUCCGAAAACACUGCCAUCAAUAUGAGUAUGAUAUACCAGAUCGAAAGCAUCAAUCGAGCUCUCAACAGGGCCUCUGCUUCCACAUUUGGACGAAUCGGACAGGUCGACGAAUUAGCUGUGGGCCCCCAGACCAUUGAAAGAACGAAAUAUACGGCCAUGAUGGAUGGGGAUCAAUUCCGACAGGCCAUGGCUGACAGCCAGGUCACAAGUCAUUCACAAUACAUCAAAUGGAAAUGGGAACUCAUCCAAGGCUUGGUUGAAGGGCCGCUGACCAAUCCGAGAAGGCUCGAGGAAGCCAUCAGGUCGCCCAAAUUCAUGAAAAGACUUGUAGGAUUCUUUCGGCCAUUCAAGUACCGAUUUUCUACCAUCAGAAACACGAGACCCAACCAGCGAUAUAUUCGGACCGGCUGUGCUUUGAUGCGCACCCUGACCCAGACCGGGCUAGGUGUACAGUACCUUGCAGAGAACAAACUGCUGCGCCAAAUCGGUGAAUGCCUCGCCCAGGUCGAUCCGCACAGUGGCAUCACUUCGUCUAACCCAUUAUUUGAACGUCACAACAUGGCCGAGACGCUCAGCGGGGGUUAUUUUGCCAUGCUCGGUGCCUUGAGCCAUUCUGCUGAGGGAAUGCGUCUGAUGGAACAGUGGCAUAUGAUGGACAUUUUCUACCACCUUGUUGAACUCAAAGAUCGAGAUGACUUAGUCCGGGCACUCCUUGGUAAUAUGGAUUAUACAUUGGACACCCAUCUUCGCGUGAUCCUGUCAAAAGCACUAACCUCUGGCGUCAAAGACAUCCGACUCUUCGCGACCAAGCUGCUGCGGCGAUACGCGGUAGGUCGCGUGCGGUAUUCAUCGGGGCUACAAGAUCGCUCUAGCUCGCAUUGGGCCCUUCGACUGGUUCUUACGCAGUUAUAUGACCCAGACGUUGAAGUCGGCGAGGUCGCGGUCAAAAUUCUCGAAGAAGCCUGUAAUCAAAGAAGCCACUUGGAAUACGUCGUCAAAUGCAGACCGUCCCUGGAUCACCUCGGCGAGAUCGGUGCUCCUCUUCUGUUGCGCUUCCUCUCGACCUCUGUCGGCUACCGAUAUCUCAGCGGGCUGGACUAUAUCACGCAGGAAAUGGACGAUUGGUUCCUCGGGCGCAAUGAUGCAUAUGUGGCUCUAGUGGAGGCGUCGAUUCUUCGAGCUUACAUGGACGGCAGUGCCAGCAAGGUGCAUUUCAACGAAGAUGCUACCGUCGACCUGCACGAGGUUGGAAUUGCACCUCCCCACUUCUACCGAGAACUCGCCCGGACGCAUGAAGGUUGUAAAUUGUUGAAGCAGUCGGGACACUUCUACGAGUUUUCAUCCACGAUCCGAGAUUUUAACCUUGAUGAAGAAGACCCCGAAAUCCUGACCAAAGUGAAGGGGUGCAUGUGGGCCGUAGGCAACAUUGGGUCGAUGGAUCUCGGCGCACCGUUCCUGGAAGAAGCAGAUGUCGUUACCACCAUCGUCAGGAUCGCAGAAGGCGCCAAAGUUCUCUCGAUGCGUGGCACCGCAUGUUUUGUUCUAGGCUUGAUAUCACGGACUCUCCAUGGUUUUGAGUUGCUCGCCGAAAAUGGAUGGGACACGACGGUGGAUCCCCGAGGACGCUCGCUUGGCCUCUGUCUGCCGCGUAAUUUGGAGGUCUUGUGCCUGAAAUCGGUUGGUUCGGCCACGGUUCCUCAAUCACCAUUCCCGGAGAACGAUGCCAAGUACAAAGCUGCCACGACUGACGAAAACCCGGUUCGAGCCAAGAUACUCAAGUCCAUUGUUGAAAUGGGCAAUUCAGUCAUGUACAAGAAGGCUGCAGCGGACCUUCAUGCGCUCAAAACGAGACAACCUAGCCACUUCGGCGACACGGAAAUGUUUCGGAAAACGCUGGUGAUAUUGGAGAGUCAUCAUUACCGGUUGCAGGCGCGACACUACAUACUCAACCUUUUCAAUAAAGGUCUGAUGCGAAAAAUUAUUUUUGACGAGGAGAUGGGGGACUCGACGGGGUCGGAGACGGGAUAG